AUGAGGAUCUGGACGUCCGAACAUGUUUUUGAGCACCCCUGGGAUACUGUUGUUAAUGCCGCGUGGCGGAAGUACCCGAACCCGAUGAAUGGCGCCGUCACGAAUAUGGACGUUUUGAGCCAGCGAAUCGACGAAGGUGUCUUGAAAAGCGAGCGAAUCAUCCAGUCCCAUUUCAGCAUCCCCUCUUGGGCAACGAAGUUGACCGGCUUUUCUGGCACGCAAUAUUCCCACGAAUACACCGAAAUCGACCCGAACAAUCAGUCAAUGUCCUUGAUGACGCGAAACAUGAACGGCUGCUCCUUUUUGCGGUGUGACGAGAAAUUGACCUACACCCCGCACCCCACCGAAAGCGACAAGACGAUCUUGAAGCAAGAAGCCAUCAUUUCUGUGAAAUUGCCGGCGUUUGCCGAUUAUUGUGAGAAGACAUUCUUGAACGUUUAUUCCAGCAAUGCCAACAAGGGCCGAUCGGGAAUCGAAUGGGUGAUCGGGCAGUUUCGCAAGGAGUAUGACGAUCUAGCGAGUAAGGUUACCUCCGAAAUGCACGGAAUGGGUGAGAAGGUGCGCGGCGCGUUCAACGCAAAU